AUGGCUCUUGAGAAAGACGAUUUAGAAGACAAACCCGAAGGUGCAACACUCAGUACCAAUGCUUCACAAAAUACCGUCACUGAAGGAGACACAGUUACAUUCAAGUGCAAAGUUAUGGCUGCUGUGCCUCAAGUGUCAGUUUACAAGUUCUAUUUCAAUGCCGGCCUCCUAAGUGGGAACAGCAACAGUGAGUAUACCUUAAACAACGUCAAUCGAUCUCAGCACUAUGGCGACUACCACUGUGUCCCACACAAUGACGCUGGAGAUGGAGCAGAAGCAACUGUGAGACUUAACAUAAAUGCUGAAGAGGCAUUUUCCUCGCAAGCAUUACUCAGCUUGCUACAUAAUGCUCUUUCCAAGGCACUUGGAAAAAUGCUGGUGAAGGAUGCCUAUCUUGAAAAAUUUAACCAGUGCUUAAUAAUAGAUGGGUACCUAAUAGCAAAAGUUGUGCCUGAUGAUAAUGAACUGGUGCUUAAUAAUGAUGGACUUGUGCUAAAUAACGUUGGACAGGUGCCUAAUAAUCACGAACUUGUGCCUAACAAUGAUGAACAGUUUACAGAAGUGCCACAGAAUAUAACAGUUAAUACGUCAACCCCUCUGUUUUUGAAUUGUGAUGCGACGGGUUUUCCUGAACCUAAGAUAAGAUGGGAAAAAUCUGGGAUUCAUUUGUGUGGCACCAAACAGCUGAACAUCUCCAGUAGUAGCACGAACGAUGCUGGAGAAUAUGUGUGCAUCGCAAGCAAUGGUGUGAGACAGGAAAAGACAGUAAGAGCUUAUGUCACCGUGCAAU